CAUGCCUCGUCAAACUGAGCGGCAGCAAGCUGCAGACGAGAUCCAUAACAGGUUCUUCACUGAUAUAAUUGCCGAGAUUGCAAGUCAACUGCAGGAGGAUGAGGAUAGGUAUGAUGACCAAUCAGAUUCCAGCUCAUCCUCCGAGGGCUCUGGCAUGGAUAUAUCUAGUGACUUGGACAGUCAUAAUUCCUCAUCAUCAAGCACAUCAUCAUCAGAUCUCUCUGUGAUGGACUCCGACUCAGAUUCGGAGGAGUCCACAGCACUUGCUCAGUAUAUCAUGGACAUCGGAAACCUUUAUGCAACUCGAAACCUCCACCAGCGUGUACCCAUACCUAAAUCAAGUGCACUUCUCGACCUCCUCUUAUCUGCCUAUAAAGUUAACCACCCCGAGAUUUUCCGCUCAUAUUUGCGCAUAUAUCCUGCUUGCUUUGACAACCUAGUCGCUAUUCUUGCCCAGGACAGUGUCUUCAACAAUAAUUCCAGUAAUCCCCAGAUGUCCGUUGAUCGCCAACUUGCAAUUGCACUCUACCGAUUUGGACACCAUGGAAAUGCUGCAAGCACUUGGAAGGUAGCACUUCAGUUUGGAGUUGGAUUUGGCACUGCAAUUCUGGUUACUAGCCGAGUCAUGAAGGCUUGCUGUUCCGAACAGUUUCGGACUUCAGCUCUUCAGUGGCCUGAUGCAGGAACAAAGGAAACCGCCAAGGAGUGGGUGGAGGAAAAUUCAUGUCCAGCUUGGCGUGAUGGGUGGCUAAUGGUAGAUGGCACACUUAUUCCUCUUUCACAACGGCCUGGAUUCUUUGGUAAUGUUUUCUUUGACCGCAAGUCUAAUUACUCGAUGAAUGUCCAAGUAUGGUCUCCUUUUUUUUGAGAAUUUUAUCUAAUAUUGUA